AUGCGAGAGUUGGUGCAGCAUGCGACGGAGAGCGACUAUCGUGUCUCUUACCCUCGUACACUACAAAUCCUGAGUUUCCUCGACUGCAGAGAAGAUCAGGACAGGAUCAACGCUCUGUUUGGCAUCGUUCAAUCUAGCAACUCUUGGUUCAUGCCUGCAUAUUGUCCUACUCCGGACCUCUACGUCAAUUUCGCCCUUGCUUACAUGCGACAUUUCCGGUCUUUCGACAUCACUCACUUCGCGGGCACAACGGAACCCACUCACCAUAGGCUGGGCGUAGAAGAUGUAUUUUCUAUUACGUGGCCAGCUGGUGAUUUGCCAUCAUGGGUGUCGGAUUGGAGGAUUCGACAUCGGUAUCUUCCGAUCAUUCCAGCGGAGGUCGAACCCCAGAGACAAGAAUCGAAAUCCUUCGCAUUCGCACCACCAUUUGAUCCAUCUCGCAAGUCGUUAACGUUAUGCGGCAAACUUUUGAGGACACCGAUUAGACCCUGCGGAAUUCCACACCUUGAUGGAUUUGAGCCUAGUGAGGAUCCACAGUAUCAGCUCGCCGUAGAUCCCUGGUGCAACCGCAUCUUCGUCAAUUUUCUGAACAUGCUCGCUCCUUAUUGGGCAUUGCACUACAUCUCCUCGAAAACCUUUACCCAUUGGGUCGACUCGGUUCUUCGCUCGGGUGAAGAUGCCAGCGGGCACCUCCUCCGUUUCGUCGCGACUUUGAUCAUGGAUGGCAGGGUCCAAUCUUAUGAGCGGCCCGACAUUGCCAUCCCCCAAAGUAGGGUUUGGGAAUACUUUCUCGAAUACGCCAAAGUGCAAAGCGUCGCAUUUACCGACAUGGUUGACAAUUGUGAAACCAUGGAAAAAGCCGCGGCCUACGGAUACCUUGCCGAGCAUGUGUGCCGAUACCGCACCCUUUUCCUAGGCGACGACAACAUUGUUGGACUCGGCUCACCGGGCAUAUGCCCUGGAGAUCGUAUCUGCUUCUUUUCCAGCCUAAAGACACCCUUUGUGGUACAUCCCAAUGGUGAACACUUUGAACUGCGAAGAGAGUGUUCACCAUUGGGAUGGCCUCAUGAAAAGGCCUACGAUUGA